CUCUAUUUUAUCAUUCAUAGAGAUCAUAAAUCCAACUGUAGUUAAUUUUAUUAAAAUACGAAAAAGCGCAGAAAAUCCUCGCCAUACCAGUUGCUAUUGAUAUGACGUCAUCAGGCCAUAACAACAAGUGUGGCAAAGGUACAAAAUAUAGUAGCUGAUAAGAGAUAAAAUAAACAGACGAAAAUGCCUCCAAAGAAGAAAAAGAAGGGCAAGAAGAGUGGGAAGAAAAGUGGAAAGAAAUCAGCAUCUACUGGAAAGGGAAAUUUUGAUGCGAUCAACGAGCUGAGCAAAGAAUACUUCCUCAUUCAGAUUAGAGAUCUUGAAAACAGACUUGCCAGGUAUCAACAGAAAUGUGAUGAACUGGAAGUUGCCAAUGGAGAAUUUAAGGAUCAGUUCCAGCAGAUGUCAAGGGACAAGAAGGAUAUUGUUGUAUUCUUAAAGAAAAAUCUUGAACAAAGAGGCGAUGAAAUUGCUGACUUAAAUGACCGGCUGUUAGGGCUACAGCAAGCAAAGGACACGGAGAAGGAGCAGUAUGAAACACAACUACAGCAUUUACGGACAGAGUUCCAGGAGACCAAAGAUCAACUCACUUCUGAGAACAUGAUUCUUGGUGGCAAGCUGGCGUCACUGGAAGAGUUCAAAGUCCAGAAGGAAGACCUGAUGGCCAAAUUUGCAAUGAUGGAGGAUGAGCUUCAAAAGCAGCAGAAUGAACACAAAGAUGUCAUAUAUAACUUAGAGAGAAAACAAGUCGUGGACAAAGACAGGUUAAAAAAGGAAAUGGUAAUGAGGGUCAACCAAGUUGCUGCUGAAUUCCGUAAAGUGUCAAAUAAACAAAUGGCAGAAACUACCAAACGAACAAUUAGAGAAAAUGUCUCUAUCAAUGCACAGUUGGCAAAAAUGUCAGACAAAACUAUGGAACUCAUACAAGAAAAUGAUGAGUUAAAACAAAAAGAGAAAAAGCAUAGACAACAGAUAGAAAUGUUAGAAACAAAUGAAAAAGAACUUGCCAAGAAAAAUUUAAGUAACCAAAAGGUUAUCCGCAUGUUAACAGAAAAAGCUAAGGGCCAAGAGGCAAUGAUUAAUGAAUAUGAACUGAGGGAGUCUGAGUACCAAGAGAUAGAAGCCGAGGCAGAUUUAUUAAAGCAACAAGUUGAAGCCACAAGAGAUGAACUCCUAAGUUUGUCUGCAGAGAAUGAUCGCUUAGCUGAUGAAUAUAAUGCUACUAAGGGAACUUUAAAAGAUGAGAGUGCGCGGAAAAGAAAAUUAGAACGUAUUCUGAAAGACUCUGCUAAUGCACUAGGAAUAGUCUUAUCUAAACCAAGUGCAGCUGAGUUAGAAGAAGCUGAACAAGAGAAAGUAGAGAAGCGUGACAACAUGUUAGAGCAUCUGCUUAUCUUACUGAAUAGUGCAGCAGCCUUGGGGGUGGGGCCUACCCCAGGGGAAUUCAUUGGAGAGGAACCACGAGCAAGAUCAAAAAGUCCAAGUGAAUACCCAGGAAUCGGAAGUCUUAAAAAGGGGCAAAUGCCACUCUCUCCAAUUGCCAGAGGACCACAUGGUACAUUACCGCAUUAUCAGUUAGGGGACUUGGGCCUGAUCCCCCGGCCUAAAGUAAAAAUACCCUCAAACAUAGAGAAAGUGCGAGCACUCUCCCCAACAACAAGGCUAGGCACACUAAAGAAAGUACUUACUAGAUCAAUAGCUAUACAGACAGUCAGCUCUCCCAAGGCAAUGUUCUUUGCUGACCAAUUACUAAGUCGUGGAUCUACGCUACCUGAAUCUGCAUCAAUGAGAAGAGAGUUUGAUAAACCAGAUAAACUCAUUUCACCCAUUACCUCAGCAAAGAAGAUAACAAGUAAAGUUUUUUAGGAUGAUCCAUCACAUGUAAUUCACUGUCCAUGUUAUUCACUAUUCAUGCUAUUCAUACAUCACAUUGUGCCACCAAGCACAAAGAGAACUCUGUUAGCUAUAGAAUAUCAAUAUGCGGGUCAUCUUUAAAUAAAGGAAUGGAUCAAUAAGGAAUACUUUAAAAAAAGGCAGGGAGUCGAAAAUUAAAAAUCAUAUAGAGCUUGGAAAUUCAAGUAUGUCGUUGAUUCAUCUCAGAGGGCAUUGGUUUUAAUCUCUGAGCAGCUCAUGGACUAUGUGUGGAUAAUGACUGUUUCCUUAUAUGGAGUACACAUAUGCUGUAACACAUGCUAGAUUUAUUAACGUGUAAAAUUACCAUUUCUUCAAUUGGUGCAUUUAACAUGUUGCAUAUUCCACUAUUGUGGUUAGUUUUUAUCAUUUACACGAAUUGGCAAAUGAAAAUGUAGUGGCAAUCAUGACACAGAAUACUCCUGCAGAAUUUGUGAAAUGCUGGUACAAAUAUUGAACAUGACUCACUGUAGAUGAUCUGGACUGUAGACUGAGUAGUAAACUGCAAGUUGCCUUAUUCAGCAUGCGCAAAUGGCUAUUUUUGACACGUGUACUUUAGUAUUAAUCACAUCAUUUAUUACCCAUUUUAUUAAACAUGUUAAAGCAAGAUUAUUUUCAUAAGGAAUAUAGUUUCACUGUUUUGUCUUUAAGUCUGCUCACCAUCUAUUGCCCUGUUAAACGACUACUCUAGUACACAAGUUAUGAAGUAUACAGUUAAUGUGUUUAUCAAUACUUUUUUAUGCACUGUAUACACACCAGGCUUCUUAUUGUUUAGAUCAUUUGAACAAGUUAACUCAAUAAUAUUGAU